CGGACAUGCGUAGAGCGUGUGGAGCGGCGGCCAGUGUAGCAAUGAUGGCGUCCUCGGCUGCUCGUUGCUCCUCACGUUGGAUUACUGUCGCCGUGUCUUCGGGACAGCGGAGAGCUGUCAGUGCUGUUGUAUGCUCUGGCCAUGGAGAGGUGCGGAGUUUCUCUACGCUGGGAGCCGAAAACCUGUGGCGCGGAGGGAGCCUGGUGUGUGGCGGAGCGGGGAAAGCAGUGACAUUGAGAGGGCUGUCAGGCCUCAAACCACCCCAUGCUGUCUACGCACUGUCCUUUCACACAAGUGCCCCUGCUAGCAGCAAACAGGACUUCUACAAGAUUCUUGGGGUUCCACGCACAGCAACGCAGAAAGAGAUAAAGAAAGCAUAUUACCAGAUGGCUAAAAAGUAUCACCCUGACACCAACAAAGAUGAUCCACAAGCCAAGGAAAAAUUUGCUCAGCUGGCUGAAGCAUAUGAGGUCCUCAGUGAUGAAGUGAAGAGGAAGCAGUAUGAUACAUAUGGCACAGCGGGCUUUGAUGCAGGUCAGGCGGGUGGAGGUCAGCAGUACUGGAGUGGGCAUGCCAGCAGCAUGGACCCAGAGGAGCUCUUCCGCAAAAUCUUUGGAGAAUUCUCUGGAGGCCGUGGCUUUGGAGACUUCAACUCCAUAUUUGAGCAGCCGCAGGAGUAUAUCAUGGAGCUGACAUUUACUCAGGCAGCAAAGGGAGUCAACAAAGAAAUGUCAGUUAACAUCGAAACAACCUGCCAGCGCUGUGAUGGUAAAGGCCACGAGCCAGGCACUAAGGUGCAACACUGCCACUCCUGCAAUGGUUCUGGCAUGGAAACGGUAAACACCGGCCCGUUUGUGAUGCGCUCCACGUGUCGGCGCUGUGGUGGCAAAGGCACAGUCAUUUCCACCCCCUGCCACUCCUGCCGUGGCUCGGGACAAACUAAACAGAAGAAGGCGGUGAUGGUUCCCGUGCCUGCAGGGGUGGAAGAUGGCCAGACAGUCAGAAUGCCAGUUGGAAAGAAGGAGAUCUUCAUUACAUUUCGGGUCCAAAAAAGCCCCAUAUUCAGGAGGGACGGUGCAGACAUCCACUCUGACCUUCACGUAUCCGUGGCACAAGCCAUCCUGGGCGGCACAGCCAGAGCACAGGGCCUUUAUGAAACACUGAAUUUAUCUAUCCCUGCUGGUAUCCAGACAGACCAGAGGAUCCGUCUGGCAGGGAAGGGAAUCGCUCGAGUCAGUGGCUAUGGCUUCGGAGAUCACUACAUCCACGUCAAAAUAAAAAUACCUAAGAAUCUCACAGACAGGCAAAAAGCUCUGUUGUUGAGCUACGCUGAGGAUGAGGCGGACGUAGAGGGGACAGUAAACGGUGUCACUGCCACCACCACAGGUAAAAGAUCUUCCAUGAACUGAGAGGCUCCCUCAGUGUGUCAAAAGGCAAACAGGAUGACAACAAGAAGAGGAAUAUUGCGUUUUGGACAACUGUAGUUCUGGAUGGAGUAUGACAGACCUGCCUACCCAGCCCUGUACUUAAAAACCCAGAGGAUUACUCACUAUGUUCCUCUGCCAAAAUGGAUCCAGGGACAAGAGGCCAGUCGCCUCUCUGUCAAACAUCCAUUGAGGCAAUGGUGGUAGCAAACAUUUCACAUUUUUCAUAGCACUCAGUCAAUGUUGGGUUUCUGUUUGCCAAAAGAGAAACAUAACAGUGAUAACAGCAUCCACGUGCGUGCAAAUAACUCAUUGUAUGGACAAAGUAGAGCUGCAGUCUAAAGUUUUAUUCAGGGUUAAACAAUCCUGUUACUAAUCUUUCAGUUCUUUAUGCAUCAGUCGUGUUUUCAUGCUCGGACUUCUCCUUUUCCUCAGCACUGUCGGUCCUUACAGGAUAACCCUCAAACUAAGCGUUUGCUGUGUUGGGCAGUAGGAAAGUAAAGUCUUCAAACUGUGGUAAAGGAAUGAACUGUGGAAAGUCGGACUUUCCUAAACUGUGAACACUGAUUUAUUCUGAUCUGUCCCUUUUGCUUUAUGAGGGAAAUUCCUUUUAAUUUUGAACCACAAUCCCAUUUGUAAAUAGACAGUUAUAGAGCGUACAUCAGUGUGUUAUAUAGAAGAGAAAUACUGUACAGCUCUAAUAAAGCUAGGGUCUGAAAAACCUGUUUUAUGUAAAGUGCAAAAGAAAUAAAGUCCACAGUCCUUUCA